AUUUACCAAAGUGUUCAGUUCUUCAGGUUUGGGACUGGCGUUAUUCAAGACACCGCCUUCAUUAUAGUGCCUGCGCUAUCGCUAUGGAAUGUCGUCCCAUUGCUCUAUUAUGACUUGUACAAUCGCCUUGUUCGAUUCUAUUGCAGGUUUGGACUUCUUCGUACUUGGUCAAUGCUUGUGCUAUGCCUCACCAUAUAUUUCAUCACGCAGCCGCAUUCAAGCUUAGUGGAACCUAUCUCUCCGGAGCAGAUCACGGUACCAGAAAUUAGGCGUCGAUUGACACGCAGUGUUCACUUCACGAUUUGUUGGGCCGGACUGCAAGUGUUAGUGGCCGUGAUGCACAUAAGCAUUAUAUGCCAUACAGGAAUGAAUACGAAUGAGACGACUCGUGGUAUCGUGAACGCCGUGCUGCGAAUCGUUCCAGACGCAAACGCGGACCUUGACCGAUUUCAGAUUUCAUGCUUUGUGCACAAAAUGUCCACGCAAUUCAUGUGGGGAAUGACUGUGUGGAGAGCGUUCCCGUUGGAACGAACCACCUUUUUCACGCUCGUUUCUGUGGUUAUUACGUAUGCCUUCCUGCUUCUGAAACUCAAGGAGAAUCCGGCAAUGACGCCCAUAACUCGGCAGUUUAUCAUUCAUAAUAAUGGCUCAAUGGAAUUCAGUACUACUUUAUCGCCUUAA